UUGAAUACUUGUAUACUCGACAGUGGUUCGAGAAACUUGUUGCGAUUUCCCCGUGUCUCUACCAACUCCGGGCGCUUCUUGGAAUCCGGCCUGUCUGUCAGUAACCUUCGCGAUCCUUCGCUCGGGGGACGAUGUCCACGGCACAGAGCUCUGAAGCGGCCUCCUUGGCCCAAGCUUGCUGGGUUGAAAAAUACAACGACACGCCAUUCGGAACUUUCCAAAUGCUUGAUUUUCUGAUUCGGAGGGCCGGGAUCACCUAUGAGCAGUAUGUGGGCAACCCAAGGCUCCUGCAGGAUCAGUGGGAGCGAAUCAUGGACCAUGAUCCGUCGGAUUUCGAAGACCUGUCGUCCUUGCCCGGUCGAUGCACCUCAUUUGCUGGCCAGGUGGUCAACUGCCUCAAAGAGAGACAUCCGGACGUGUACGAUUUUCGCUACAUUGACAUUGGCAAGCAUCGCGUGGCAUUGUGCCCAGGGACUAGUGUCUUGAUCGAUUCAAGUUUGAAAGGCGUUUCCGCAGGAUCACCAGGGAGUGGCCUCGUCAAGAAUGAUCAUCGGCUUUUUUCAUGGAAGGCGAAUUCAAGAGGCCUUGCGUCGGGAUUCCAAAGCUUCAAGGGGGAUGCCAAACAAGGCAUCUGGGUUACGGAGGGCCCUUUCGAGGAAGCAUCUCUAAGUGAAUGCAUGCGCAGGUGCCUGGGAGAAAUAAUUGAAAACGCCACCGAUCCUUUCUGCACAUUCCGGUAGGGUCAAAAUGCAAACCUCUUGUGCUGUCAGACGAGCCGGAAAGAUCUCACCUCAUGCAGAGAAUGUUCUGAAGAAGGCGGACAAAUGUUUGCAGCGGUUGAAUGGGAUCUUGACGAACAUAGAUUGUCGCUGGCGCUAGAUCCAGAGUUGUGCAGCAACAAGACGUACUUGGUGGAUUUCAUUUUUGACAAGGAUGGAGAUGACGAUACCGAGGGCGUAUGCAAAGAGAUUCUAAAAGAGUUUGUCGACACCGUGGAAUACACCGGCAAGUUCGGGAAAAGCCAGUGGAGUCACUGUGAGAGGCUUCACGAGUGUAUUUGGAAGGCUGCAAAGACGCUCUGGGGUCAUCCUCGUGCUCAAGUGCCGUCUGAGAAGAUGGGAAUCUCGAAAGAGAUAUGGACGGGAGCCAAGGAGAGGCACAUGCUGAUGUUGAGAUUAGCAGCGGACAUACAAGAGCUGGUGAAGGAGAUUGAUCCGAACCUUUCACAUAUUUUGGACGAGAGUUCCGCACUGAUCGAGGACUUGGAGGAAUCCAACGAGGUGCGACUCGCUUUGCAGGAAGAGUUGAACACCCGUACGGAAGAUCUGGCAAUGGGCAAAGCGGACGAGCUAGCGAUGGCAGAGGUGCAACAAGAACUGGAGUUGCAAACGGCAAGGAUGAAAGAAAACCUGAGCAAGGUGAGAGCGAAAUGGUAUGAGGCCUCAAAUAUGAAUGAUAGCAUCCUUUCGAAGGCUAGCGAAUUGCUGGAGACUUACGAUAUGAUAAUAACGCGAUUGGAAAAGACGGUGAGACGUCGUAAGGGACUGGGCCGGGAAAUCCAAACGAAACUGAGAAACAGACAGGAAAAAGCAAAGUAAGUAGUCGGGCCAGGUAUGAGGAGGUACGGGUACGGGCACGGGAGAAAGAACUUGAAUCGAGGGCGCGUCUGGAGACACAG